UGAUUCUAUCUGUGCCGCUUCGCGCGAAUCUUUUGGUUGGGAAUCUGCACGUCCCCUGGCACCCAGAUGCCUGGCCAUGGAGUCCCCUACCCGCUCAAGGUCGUCCUUGACUUGGUCGUCCCGGAGGACCUUGAUAGGGACCUGGAGCCUUCGGGGCACAAAUCAGACAAGCCAGACUACCGCCACCAAGCCUGACGUCCCCAAAGGCUCUUUCAAGGGCCCCCUAGGCCUCACCACUCUUCAUGAACCCCCGGGUGGGACAGCAAUUGCCGACAUUGUUUUUGUGCAUGGUCUAAAUGGCGGUUCGCAGAGCACGUGGAGCAAGGGUAACGUCUCUUCCCUGUACUGGCCACGCGAAUGGCUCCCAAACGAUCCAGCAUUCGAGGAUGUCAGGAUUCAUGCGUUCGGAUACCCAGCCGGACUGGGCAAGGCCAUCCUCGGCGUCGAAGACUUUGCUCGUACUUUGCUGGCCGAAGUUAAAGACUCUCCUUCCAUAAACCAAAAUGGUGGCAAUGCACAUCUGAUAUUUGUUGCGCACAGCAUGGGAGGCCUAGUUGUCAAGAUGGCCUACAUCCUGGGGCGUACGGAGCCGCAGUUCAGGGCGGUGGUAGACCGAAUCAGCACCAUUUUCUUCCUCGCGACACCACACCGGGGUUCAACUCUUGCCCAAACUCUGUCGCGCGUCGUCACCAUGGUUAUGGGCACGCGGCCACACGUCGAUGACCUUAUCCCCCAGUCCACAACGCUGCGCUCUAUCGAUGAGGAUUUCCCGAGCCUCUGCGCAAGCAUCGACAUCCUGUCCUUCUACGAAACGAGACCGAUGUCUGUUGGCUUCGUGAAGACCCUCAUCGUGGACAAGUCCAGUGCAGUCAUGAACCUGAGCAACGAGCGUAGGACGCCACUAGACGCCGACCACCGUAAUGCUGCCAUGUUCGCCUCUCAAAAGGACCCGUCGUACCUUUCCAUCCGCAAAGCCCUCGCCGCCGUUGUCAGCUCCUUGCGAGAAACCAACCAAAAGCGCUCCAGGAGCGACAGCCAUGAGGAUCUAACAUCCGUCAACCACUUCCUUGGCGUUUCUGCGGCGCCUGAGGACGACCUCAUGACCAUGGACUUCGCUAGACUGCCCGGCUCUUGUGAAUGGCUAGCUCACAAGGACUACUACCGCUCCUGGAGAUCCAUCAGCACAAGAUUCUUAUGGCUUCAGGGCAGACCCGGCACUGGCAAGAGCUUCCUUGCGGCCCACACGAUCUUGAGUCUCAGGGAAGCCGGCGUGGACUGCUGCUACUUCUUUUUCCGGCGAGGCGAUGCCACCAAAUCCACGAUUGGCGCCUGUCUGAGGUCACUAGCGAGGCAGAUGGCCACACUCCACGCCGACGUCUUUGCGGGCAUAAAAAAGCUCGCGUCAGAGGCGAAAGAUGGGCCCGUGGAACAAAACGAUGACAAUUCCGUGUUUCGGAAAAUAUUUCUUUCUGCCCUUCUCAAAAUCAGGCCUAGUCGACACCAAUUCUGGGUCAUUGAUGCCAUUGAUCAGUGCAAUAGUGCCGAAGCCGUCAAUUUCCUGGUUCGGAUUCAAGAAGACUGGCCGGUGUCAAUUCUGGUGACAUCUAGGACUGGCACUGAGUCUCAACGAGGAGUGAACCGCUCCAAGGUUUAUAUACGGACAGAAACAAUAAGCGAGGAAGAUGUCCAAGGUGACAUAUCGCUUUUUCUCUCUUCUAGCAUGGACCUGCUUCCUAUCGCGGUCUCGCCCGAGCAUUCGGAUUCCGCGGACAUGGUUGCUAAGAUUACGAAGAAGGCAGGAGGGAGCUUUCUCUGGGCCUCAAUCGUCUGCUCGGAGCUCCAAGAAGCCUGCACGGAAGGCGAGAUCAGGCAGGUACUAGACGGCAUGCCUCCGAACAUGGACUCUCUCUAUGCGCAGAUUCUCUCCAACAUGUCGAAGGCCCGGUUUGGCAAAGCUUUGGCGACAUCCAUCUUGACGUGGACAGCAAACUCCUUUCGUGCCCUCAGCACUGCCGAGAUUAAGUGCCCCAUCGAAAUGGACAUCAAAGACAAGGUCGACAACAUUGAAAGAGCCAUCACAAAAUGCUGUGGGCAACUGGUCUACGUCGACACACAUAGCCGAGUCAAUCUCGUCCACUCCACCGCAAGGGAGUUUCUCGCCCAGAACAGCAUCGAGUCUGAGUUCGUUGUCGCCAAGACCGAGGCUCAUCGGCGACUUGGACUCAUAUGUCUCGAGUACAUCCUACAGAGCCACGAGCAAAGCACCAGACAGCUGGCAUUGGCCACAAAUGCCGAUUCCAGGAGUAGCCAACUCGAACAUUUUCCAUUCAUGUCAUAUGCGUCAGCCUUUCUCUUCCAUCAUCUUGGCCUUGUCCCUCGUGUGGACGACAAGAUGCACACUCUUUUAGGGCGCUUCUUUUCCAGCGAUGCUAUCUUGGGUUGGAUCGAGAUCAUUGCUAUGACUGGAGAUUUACAGCCUGUCUACCAUGCUGGACAAGUCCUUAACCUGCUGCUCAGCCGCGUAUCUCGAGAUCUAGGCGCACUCGAUGAUGGAGACCGAGCGCACAAAAAGCUUGCAAUGCUGGACAACUGGGGAGAUGAUUUGAUGCACAUAGCGACCAAGUUCUCCAGCCACCUGAGGCAGUCGCCGCAGUCGAUCCACCUUUUGAUCCCGCCAUUCUGCCCACCGGACUCCUCUAUCCACAAGCAGUUCGCCAGCGGCUUUGCCAGCAUCAAAGUCGAUGGGAUCCUAGCUCCUGCUUGGGACGACUGCCUCAGCACGGUGACUUAUGCCAGUGGAAAGAAGGCCAACUUCGUGGCCGCGGGGCAGGGAUUUUUCGCAGUCGGCAUGAUGAAUGGCUCAGUCAUUCUCUAUGACGACUUGGUAUUUCAGGAGGUACUCACCCUCAGUCACGGCGAACCGGUCUGGAAGAUGGCUUUCGCCCAGGACGGCUCGCUGCUGGCGACUGCGGGGGCAAAACGCGUCCGGAUCUGGGACACACGCGAGGGCAAGGAGGUUUCAGGAUUUUCUAUCCCCUCGGUCUGUCUCGCCUUGGAGUUUUGUGAAAACAACGCGGUGCUGCGGGCGGCAUCCAAGAAGAACCAGCUAUACGAGUGGGACGUCAAGGCUCGCCAGUUCUGCCGCGAGAGGCCAAUCGACUGGACCGCGCACCUGGAUGAAGCCUACCAGCUCCGGGAACCGAUGCUGGCAGCCAUAUCGCCCGCCACCUCGCUCCUGGCAGUUGUGUACAGAGGGCAGGAGGUCGUUAUUUGGGACCCGCGCAGGGGGCGCGUUCACGGCAUCUACGACGAGGAGACGGGCUCCAAGAGAUACGUGAGUGCCAAGGGGUUUUCCGGAGGCGUCCCCGAGCCUGUCCGGGCCAUUGCGUUCGGCGACGCCAUCGACACUACCCUCCUCGCUGCGACGUAUUCCAUCGGAGACGUCCAUGUGUACGAUACCGACAGCGGCGUGGCGACAGCAGCCUCGCAAGGCGUCAACUCCAUGGUGCUGGCCGGGUCGCCCGAUGGACGCACCCUCGCGGGUGCCGACUCAGAUGGCAAUCUGACACUUUUCGACUUCAAGACGCUGCAGCCACUGUAUCGAAUCCAGCUCGACACAAAGCUGAGCCCGAAGGGGCUCGUCUUCUCGGCCGACAGCCGCCGACUCCUCGAGCUCCGAGGCAACCAGUGCCGUCUGUGGGAGCCUACAGUUCUGAUGCGUCAAGACGAGCCCGACGUGGAGCACAGCGACUCGGCGUCAGCCGUGUCGACAAUCACUCCGGCAAUAUCAUCGGCGAAACGGGACGAGUCGCGCAUCAUGGCCAUUACCUGCAGCAGCGCCCUCCCGCUGGUGUUUUGUGGCAGGGACGACGGCUCCGUGUGGGCCUACGACAUCUCGGGAGAGACCCGAAUGCAGCGGCUGUUUGAGCAGACGGCGACCUGUGGGGUCAACCAUCUUGCUCUCGACGAUACGGACAGGCCGCUCGUUCUUGCUUGUGGCGACCUCGCUGGCCGGGUAACGGUGCGGAAGGUUGACAGGACCGGGGGCAAAGGCAAUGCAAAUGCGACCUGGGUCGUCGAGGAUGGUCCUGUGUCUGAGGUCCGCUGUACUAGCACUGGGGUUCUGAGGCAGCUGCUUCUUUCAGCAUCCCGUCAGCGGCUUUUGGUGGUUACUGCAGACGCGUGUAUGCUCUGGUCCCUUCCCCCAACAACGGACGGUGUCCAAUGCCUCGCCCACAUCGACGAACCAUCCGGGCCGGUGUGGGCCUCGGGCCCGACAAAUAGUGGGAUUUUAUUACGGGCUGGCCCCGAGGGGUUUCGGGUCUACAAGUGGGAGUCGCUCGAGCUCAUCCGCACCCUGCCAUGCAGCUACACCGGGACAAUAGACCGAGUGAUCGCACUCUCGCAUCCUCGCGUCCUUGUCUCCAUCUCCAGAGACGCACCGGCCACAGUGCUCUCAAAGACAACUCUCGGCGAUUGGAUUCAGUCGUGGGACUUGAGGAAGUUACUGGAAGGAAACACGGAGUCGCCCGUGGAGCCAGCGAUGGAAGUCAGCGCGCAUUCGGCUGGGAUAGAUUCCAUACUUGGUUCGUUCGGCACCAGGCUGGUCGUGUCCACCUCCGGCAACUGGGUCUCAUCCCUGAAUAUCGAGAGCGCCCCUACUGUUAGUUCCGAGGGGCGUCCCGACAUGGCGUCGCUCGUCCAUCACUUCUUCAUACCCAACGAUUGGAUCAGCACCCUCAACAAGGCUAUGCUUGGCAUCGGGUACGGCGGUGAGGUCUUGUUCGCGCGGCAGCCAGAGCUGGCCGUCAUCAGGCGCGGCCUCGAGGUGGUCGGCGACACGGGCGCCAGCUUCAACCCGCGCCGCCCGAGCCUGCAGCAGGGCCAGGGCCGUGGCGGGAGGAGCCUGUUGGCGCGCUCGGGUGGCUCCAGGGGGACGUCUUUUCGGGGCCGGAGCGUUUCGCCCAUGUCGUGACCUAACAUGCGGGCGCGAGAGUGCGGAAGACUCCAGAGGCGCUGGUUGCAGUCGGAGGUGCGAUUUGUUUGGCUAUGAACCACCAUACACCGGUGCAGAUGGAGGUUUCGGGCAUGUUCCACGCCCGCCACUUCAAAAAGGCACCGCCUGGGCUCGUGUGAAAGGUGCAUGGCCAGGGUGUUUUUCCAGUGUCUGAUAUAGGCUUAAGCUCUGCACCCGCUGCGGCAAAGAUUUGGACAACCCCCAGGCCUUUCGCAAAGUGAUGUUUACCAGUUAAUCUCGCGAGGUUCCAAGAUGUUAUAUUGAUGAGAUGAGCAAGCGAUGUGCCCUCAGCACCGCUACCGGUCGUCCAUCCCUUCUCGGAAAAAGGAAGGGGAGAGAGGCUGUGCUAUGAGCGCGCCGCCAUGCAGCAGCACCAGCUAGUUGACUGCUCAUGCUGUCAUUGGUCGGCUGCGCUCGGGAGUGGAGCACCGUGCGCCUGGGGCACGUUGCCCGAACAAAAAGCGAGGCCGUGGAUUCUAUCAACUAGUGCCUAUUCUAGAGGGGGCCCACAACGUACAACCCCCGAGGUUUUGGGGUGGAAAGCCAACCGCGGUCUAGUCUCAUUUCUUUGGGCAACGUGCUCGGUUUUCUUUCCGUUCGCCGAACGAGCCGACAUGCAUAAACGACAGGACCAGGGAUCAUGAGUGGAACAGAUUGGGGAUCGGGGCAAGUCGAUCGGAACAUGGAUCAUGAAUGGGACCAACUUUUACAAAUUACGUCCUCACAGAAACUAAGUACCUUGAAGUGCAA